AUGGACGACACUCUGGAGGAGAUAAACAACACCCAGAAGCAAAUUAACAACACCCUGGAGCGCAGAAACAACACCCUGGAAGAGAGAAACACCACCCUGAAGCUGAAAAAGUCCACUCUGGCGCAUAAAAUCAACAUGCUGGGUAAAGGUGACCUGAUCGGAGCGAACCUGUCAUUAGACAACCGUGUGAUAAAAACCAACGCAGACGUGAAAGCCCUGACCUACUGUGACCUGCAGUGUAUCAACCUGAAAGGGCUCUACGAGGUGCUGGACCUCUACCCUGAAUACUCUCAUCACUUUGUCCAGGACAUCCAGCAGGACCUCACAUACAACCUGCGGGAGGGACACGAGACACACGUGAAGACCAGACUGUCGACAGCAGCACAUGAGUCUCAGUCUGGGGUUAGAAGGAACGGGCGCGUGGUUCAGGGCCAACCCACUGUAGCCGAGGCCCGGGAGGAACACGAGGGCGACUCGGACCAGGACGAGCGCGACAACGCCGAGUCUGUGUCUCUUCUGACAGAGCGCCGUCGGCCUGAGAACCUCAGGGACGCCGUCAGGAAGUCUCCUCCGUGCCAGCCCCGCCAGAAGACCGUCACCUGCAGCUUGGGCCGCUCUCAGAAAAACCUUCAGGAAAUCACGCCAACUGCUCUGGACCCUUCAAACCUCAGCCCCAGGAUAGUGGACGGUACCGAAGACAGCGAGGGAACAGAAACUUCCCAGACGUUCUCCUUUUCCACCGGCCUCGGCUGUCCUGUCAGUGAACCAACCAGUGCCUCAACGUCAACCACAGAUAUGCUGCAUAUCAGCGCGACAGAAUUAGCAGCAAAAGCAGAGGAGACCAGGGGACAACUGCGACACCUCGACCAGCAGGUAUGAUUUAGUGGCGCGCACAUUUUUGGGUGACAAGAAUAAUACAAAUGAUUAACAUUUAAACGCUAAAGUCGAGGUGUCGUUCUCAGGGGGAGGAUUUAGACGGAUGUAGUUGGAAAGGUUUGCAGGUAGGCUUCUGGAAAUAAAAGCCAGCCAAUUUGAUGACCUAAAUAAGGAUAUAGCUCCGUGAGAAGUGAGAACAUUUUCGACAGGUGAGCUAAAGUAGAAGCGAGGUGUAUCGGCAUGUAAGGCCCAGAGCAGGAUGAAAGGAUUAGAAGACGUAAAUGAACUAAAACUUACCCAUUUUUUAUCCAUAUUUUAUUCUCAAUCUGAAAAGUACACGGGGGGGUUGCCGUACUAGAUGUCAUUGAUUAUAAUGGUUCAUGUUGCAGCUUGAGAUAUUCCGUCCACACACCAACAUCCAGACUCUCACGGUGCAUCCCAUGGCUUGAUUGGCAGGUAGCUAAGUUGACAUUAGACUUUUGGCAGCUGAGGAGGGCUGGCGUUUUCCUCCUCCUGCUAAUCCUCAGUGUCUGUCGCAGAAUCAAACGGCUGUCUCGGCAGGGAAAAGUAAAGGCACGAGGAAAAGAAGGAGGAGAGAUAAAGUCAUGUACCUUUUUCUUUUACUGAUGUGAGGAGACCUAAGGUUAGAUAUAGACAUUUAAAACACAGGAGUGGGAUAGGCGGCGGCGGCAGUGUUUUGCUCAGUGUCUCACUGGGUGACCAAAAUCCCCCAGUGUGGUCCUCUGAUUGUUUAAACCACACUUGGAUCCAACGACGCCGAUCACAGCAGGAUGUGGGAGACACUCGUUUGAUCUGGAACGUACACAAGCACGCACCACAUGAGCACGUCACUUAAUUUGGGGUUUAUUAUCUCACCAAAUAGUCACAUGCAAAAAAAGAAAUAUUGUAAAACAUUAAUUUGUUGUGGUUUUGUCUAAUUUAGUGCAACGCAAAAAUUUUUAUUUUCUAUUUAUUUAUUUUAAUUGA